AUGGACUUUUGGACGCGGUUGAUCGGUGGCUCCGGCGCGCAGAAGCGACGCUCGACCGCCAACGACCCGCAGCAGCGCCUGGCCCGCUUCAAGCGCGUGUAUAACCAGAUCCUGCAAACAUGGCAGAAGUCGGCCCAGCUGGCCGGCGACUGGCCCGCCCUGGACUCGCUCCGCUCCCAUUUCCAACGCCUGACGGCCAUCCUGAACGAAGAAUCGCGCUCGCCCGCCCCGCACCUCUGCCUGUCGUUUGCCGCCAGCUCUCACAUCUUCUCCGCCAUCUCCAAGAUCGCCGCCACAUCGCACAAUGAGGCCCUGGUUAGGGAGGCGGUCGGCUUCUUCAGCGCCCUCAUUGACAGCGAGGAGGAGGACUUCCUGGCCAACGGCCGCUUCGCCGACGCCCUGAUGUCCUUCAUCUCGCGCAUCGCGAGCUCGCAGAGCCUGGUCGCCGGCGAGGACACCGAUGCCGAGAUCGUCGAGCUGCUGUUUGGCAUCGCCGCCAAGAUCAGGCUGGAGCCGGAGCUGCUGCCCGUGUGGUUCAGCUCGACCGGCAAGGUCGACUCGGAUGGCGGCAUGGUGCAGCAGGUCGGCUUCGCCGGCGUCAUCCGAAAGGAGGACUUCCCCCUGUGCUACCAGCUCAUCGACCACGUCCACCACGAGGGCCGCAUCGGCGACUUCGCCCGCACCGGCCUGCUGUACAUCUUCGAGACGUCGUCCAAGUCACACGAUCUGGAGCAGUGGAUCGUCGAGAGCGACCUGGCCACCCUCAUGGCGAGCGGCCUCGGCGCCCUGUACAGCCAGUUGAGCCGGAAGCUCUCCAUCAUCCACCCCAAGGACGAUCUCCCCAUCAUCCUCCAGCUCUCCGACUACCCGGAAGUCGAGAAGUCCAUCAAUGAUUCCGAGAACAUCUUUUCCGAGGACUUCAAGCUUCACAUGGACACGUUUUUGUCUUAUUUGGCGUUUUGGCAGGACGUGCUUGAGCAUUGCAAGUCGCCCGACGUCAGGCAGACUUUGAUUGAUCAUUUCCAGGUUCUAUUUCUGCAGCAACUACUAUACCCAUCGUUGUUUGAGUCGUCUGAUGUGGACGGCGGUUCUGCCGUCGCCGUUCUCAACUACCUGCGACGUAUCCUUGAUGCGCUGGACCACCCAGAGCUCGUACACAUGAUUCUGCGCUACCUCCUGGCGCUUCCAGACGAGCAAGCCGGCCGCCCGAGAUCGAGGAGCGUCAAGAAGCGGAGAUCGACUCUUAUGCUGCUCGCCAAGCCCAACGACAAGGAACCUGAGCUCAACCCGUCGCUUUUCAACCUGGUGGAUCUCCUCUUGAACUGUUCCCAAUCGCGGAACCAUCAGACAGUCGCUUCUGCGUUGAAACUCGUCUCUACGAUUCUCAGCAAGAACCACAAGUACGCCACCGGCACACUUGUCAACGUCACCGAAGUCCAUAUGAAGGAUCCCCUCCGGACUGUUGGAGCGUUGCACGCCGAGAUUGACAGCUACCUCGAACUUGCCAACAACAUGGUUCAUGGAUCCGACAUCAACAGAGAGUACGAGUCUUUCUUGAAGGAUGUUCUGAGCCUCUUGGAAGCGCAUCCGUGCUCGAUGAAGCAUCUCUCCCUCCAUGGAUUGAGCCUCCCGAACCAAGCAGCCGUUGAUUAUCUUCACGCAGAGAUACGCAAAGAAUCCACCAUCCAUCAUUUGACGGCUGGAGAUGCCCUGUUCAAGUCUUUGAUGGGCAUCCUUUCCAACUUCUUCACAAACAACGUCGAAACGAACCUGAACCUCACCGAAGCCAUCGUCAAUCUCGCCACAUGCCCUAACCUGCGGUUGGAGGGUUGGCUUGCUGUCGAGCCGACGAACUAUCAGUUCAAUCCUAAUGAGACCUUCGACAAUGAGGACGAGGACCUCAGAGACAUCUUCCGGGCCCGUCGCAGGCCGAACUGGACACCUGGUGGCGCGCCUGCCUUGAUGGUUGCUCUCAACAACCUCCAGGAGCAAAUCGAGUGCCUCCGCGAGCAAAUACCGGAUUUCAACGUGCACGUUGCGAACCGCAAGCAGGCCUUCCGCGUGCACGAAGAGCUCAACGAAGCCAUGCGCUCCACCGCCAACUUCCCGCCGCCGACCCCCCUAGGCCCGCCCAAGUCUUCGCAUGGAGAGACGCCCAGCGGCCCCGGAUCGUGGACUCCGCAGUUCCAGAACAUGCUCGAAGGCGCCGUCAGCCCGCUCCGGUCGCAGUCGCCACGAGGCCGCGCUCACACCAUCCAACCGACGGUCCGGCUUUCUCCCGCACCACCCAAGGCACCCUCGCGCCUGGACGCGCCGACGUUGAGCCCAAGCCCGCAUCCUUCGCACUCGCGGUCGCCGGUCAGGGGUAGCGCGAGGGGCCUCAGCCCAUCGAAGCCGCCGCUCCUCAUCCCGGACCCGCGCCGGCCGAGCCUCACGUCGACGGUGCUGAACGACGUCAACGACGCGGCGAACGCGGAGAUUUUGAAGAAGACGAUCCGGUUCCCGCUGAAGCCGUCGGAGGCGCGGAAGAAGAGGAUGGAAGAGCUGCAGCUGCAGCAGAAGCUGGUGGAGAAGGCCCUGCCGGCGUUGCCGAAAGAGCAGCCGCUGACGGAGGUUGCGGACGAGGAAAAUGAAGGCAAGGGCGCGGCCGCCGCCGCCACAGCCGCCGAUUCAGGGGUAGGAGCCAAGAAGGACGACGACUCGAAGGAUGGCGGAGCGCCAGCGCCGGAGGCUAGGGGCACGGAUGCCGCCGCCGCCGCUCACGACACCACGGCCGGUGCCGAGAAAGAACAACAGACUAGCAACAACAACAACAACUCUUCUUCCAACGGCGACACGGAGGCCUUCCCGGCGCUGGAGGACGAAAUGCUGCACAGCGAGCCUUUCCCCGAAAUGCCCACCGACAUGCCCCCCACCGAGGAAGAGGGCGGCAACAACGACAAUGAUAGCAACAGCAACAUCAACAGCAACAUCAACACCACCAACCCAACCAUCAACAUCCCCGCCAACACCAGCACCGACAGGACCACUACUACUCUAGACGACCUACACUACCAGCAAGAACGCGGCCGCCGCUCGCGCGCCAGCAGCUGGCGCCGCGAGGAGAGGCCGGGCGACGACGCCGACGAGGCGCGCGAGGCGUCGCUCAGCCACGUGCUGACCAACGUCGUCAUCCUGCAGGAGUUUGUGCUCGAGCUCAUUGCCAUUUUGCAGGUGAGGGCGAGUCUGUUUGGGGAGGUGAGGUUCGUUUAG